AUGGAUCCAGUGAAAUUUUAUUUCUUCUCACUCAGUCCUCCCGCCAGAUUCAAUCUUUUGACCAUCAAAUACUUGAAAUUGAACGUAGAAAUUAUUAUAGUGAAUUUACGAAACAAAGAACAAUUUUCGCAAGAGUUCUUGAAGCUCAAUCCCCAGCACACAGUGCCUGCAAUUGACGACAAUGGAUUUAUUCUGUGGGAAUCUCGCGCCAUUGCAACAUACCUGGUUUCUUCCAAAGCCCCAGGAAACUCUCUUUACCCAACAGACGUGAAGAAGAGGGCUCUGGUGAAUAAUCGAUUGUAUCUGGAUCAUGAACUGCAAAUGGCAUUUUUGGGAAUGGUGUAUCCUGUCUACAGUAUGGGAGGCAAAGAAGUUUCCAAAUCCCAGAAAGAAAAGAUGUACAAAGCUCUUGGAAACCUGAACACCUUCCUUGAAGGACAAAAAUAUGUUGCUGGAAGUGAAUUAACUCUGGCUGAUUUGGCUCUUCUGGCAACAGUCGUAUCAAUUCAGGAAAUGGGAGCGAAUGUCAAAAAGUUCAACAACAUUACAGCCUGGCUGAAAACAUUAGAAUCAGUUCCUGGUGCUCAGGAGAAUCUUGAAGGCGCUCAAUUGUUCGCGAACUUUAUCAAAUCCAUGAUUGAUUUGAAGCAAACUUGGGAUGAUUAA